AUGACCAAGCUGGGCCUGAAAGUCUGCGGAGUCUGGCCUAAUAUCAGAAGACCCAAUUGGCUGAGGACGCUGAUAAGCAUCAGAGUUACUAUUGCAACGCUAAUUGUCGCGAUAUUUACUCUUAUUCCAGGAUUAUUUGCGCUGGUCAAGGUUUGGGGCAAUAUGACCCUUAUAAUAGACAACCUGAUAAUAACCUUGCCGUUUUUUACCGCUGUUUUUAAAUUAAAUGUCCUGUGGUCCAAGGAAGAAGGUACCAAAUUUGUUUUAAAUUGUGAAAUUUGUGCUAAAGUCCAAAAGCUCUUUGACGACAUAAGCGAAGACUGGUCGAGGCCAAGAAGCGAACUUGAGCGUAAUAUAAUGCUAAAAACAGCAACAGUCGCGAGAAACGUCACGAUUUUCGCGUACAUAUUGGUAAUUUGGGUGAUACUGAUCCACCACUUGCCGCUGUGGGUCGCCGGAAUUGUCCCCAGGACUCCGACGAACCUCACCGACGGAACCCGGGCUCUAGUUAUGCAGACUAUCUACUUUUACGAUGAAACUUUGACACCUACCUUUGAAAUCACAGCGACUUGUCAAUUUUUAUCUAGUUUGGUGGCUGGUAGCUCUUACACGACAAUUGACUGCGUUUUUGGGGCGCUUAUUCUUCAUGUCAGCGGUCAAUUACAAGUUUUGGAGGUCAAGGUCCAGAAUUUAUGCGAUCACUAUGACAAGGCCACCAAGUGUCUUGAUAAAGUUCUCUUUCAAAAGGAUUUGAAUUUGGUGGCCAGAGCUCAUCAGAGAGUUAUCCUAUUUGUGGAAAGAAUGGAGAAUAUCUUCUGUAUGAUGCUUCUAGAACAAUUUACAGCCUUUGCAAUAAUCUUUGCGACUGAAGGGUUCAAUGUGAUAUCUGUUUUGACUGGAGAUGUAGAGGGUUCAUUUUCAACAAUGAGUUUUUCAAUUUCUUACUUUAUCUACGCUCUCUUUCUUAUUUUUUUGUACUCUGCAGCCGGAGAAUAUUUGAUCGACUGUAGUACAAAGAUCUACCACGCGGCUUACAAUUCCGAGUGGGUUAAUUUAGAAACAAGAGACAUGUAUCAAAUAAUAAUGAUAAUAACUCGGGCUCAAAAGCCAUUGGUAGUCACUGCUGGUAAAUUUGCACCCCUUUCGCUAAGUACUUUUGCUAAGUUGAUAAAAACAUCUGCUGGGUACAUGUCAGUUCUUCUUGCAGUAAGAACU